GGCGAGAAUUUGGAGAAUACCAUGACAGCAUUUGAACAUGCUGUCAGCGUCGGCACGGACAUGUUAGAGAUCGACUGCCAGAGGACGGCAGAUGGACACGUCGUCGUUGCCCACGACGACGACCUCCGACGACUCACGGGUCAUGACGCGCGCAUAUCGGAGACACGUCUCAGCGACCUGCCGCCAAUCAGACGUCAGCUGCCUGUCGAAUUUAUGUCGUUUAAGCACACAGAAGGAGACGACUGCCGCAUCCCUCUGCUGAGGGAGGUGUUUGAGAGAUUCCGCAAUCUACCGAUGAACAUAGACAUCAAGGUGGAGGAUGAGAGACUCAUCAGAGACGUUUCGCAGCUGGUGCGUGAGUUCCAGCGAGAGCACAUCACGGUGUGGGGCAACGCCAAGCACACGACAAUACAGAAAUGUCACAGAGAGAAUCCGAAUAUUCCGAUUCUGUUUUCGUUUCGGCGAGUCGUCAUCAUAACUUUUUCUUUCUACAUCGGGUUGCUGCCAUUCUUGCCAAUGAAGGAACAGUUUCUCGAGAUAUUCUUACCUAGUAUUUUUUUAAAAAAAGAUAAAGAAUUUUUUGCUAUGAACAAGAAAUGGAGGCUUUUGCUUUGGUUUGUUGACAAGCUGAUGGUUCGUCGUGCUAUCUUUGAACACCUGGACCGUCGCGGCGUGCACACGUAUCUGUGGGUGUUGAACGACGAAGCUGAUUGGCUGCGCGCAGAGCGGCUCAACGUCACCGGAGUCAUGACGGAUUUCCCCAGCAAGUAUACACAGUUCCUAUCCAGCAACGGGUUUGGUCAGAAGUGAUUAAUGAAGGAAGGGUAGUCGUGCAGUGACCCCGGUGGCAUCACUGUGACCUUUGACACGUCACUGUGACCUCUGCUGAAUCGCCCGUGACCUGUGUUAGAUGAGUGUCGCCUAUGCCGCAUCGCUGUCACCUCUGCUGCGUCACCACGACCUCUGCCGUGACCUCGCAUUAUCGUGGACCGUACUUUGCGCGGCGAUGCGCCGUUCGGUCAUAAAAGCGGCGAGGAGCGAGGUGUUCUCCAUGUUGAGAUGUCUCGUACGUGCUGCGGAUGCUGCGUUGGGCACGUUGACAUGUCUUUUUCAUUGGCCCGCUCCUCUUUCUUUCUCCUGAAUCCCGCCGUUACUGUGCUAAUGCUCCGUCUUCUUCAAAUUUUUGUAUUGGUGCUCGAGGUUACUCAAACAAAUUGUUUUAAUCCCAUCGCCUAGCAUUACCAUGGAUUUGGUUAAUUGUUAGGGUUGGUGAGUACACCCGUGACCUUUCACAUUCCAAUUCCUAUUAUCUGAAUUUAUCAUAACCCCUGUUGUUUUAUACAACGUGACCGCUUUCACUACGUAUUUAUUUUCAAGCACAUUCUCCCUCAAUUUUGUGCAUGUCAGCCUGUGGCAUCUCAUGUCAGCCCAUGAUGUGUUAUGAUGUUCCAUGGUAUGUUGUGUCAUGUUGACAUAUGCUACAGCACCAUUUGUGUUUUAAUCUUGACACGGUUAUUUGAUUUCAUUAUUAAAUUUGAUACUCAUGUGUCAGUAAUUUUAAGCCACCUUGAUUGCUGGGUUGGAUCACUGCAAGCAGGAAGUGUGGCUCAAAUAACAAACCAUGUGCAAAGACUAACAAGCAAGGGAUGAGGGUUGUAGAAUCAUCACUAUGCAUGGUUCUGUAUGUGCCUGCUUCUCCUGGGAAAGCUUGCAUGCUGGUAGCAAUACCCAAUUUUGUUGCUAUCAAAAUACAUAUAUAUAUAUACAUAUUUAUUACUCGAGUUAUUUUGUGAUGACGUAUAUGCCAGCCAGAGCUACAUACCCACUCUCGUGCAAUUUGUUUACACACGUGAUUAGGAAAAGACGAUUUAUUUCACAGUGUGUAAAUUACUGCCAGUAUAUGAUGGGGAGCGGGUGUUAGCUUGCACUCUGACGUAACCUUGCCUGUUAGUGCAUGACAACGUUACCGUGGUGUAGGCAUGUUUAUCACUUAUAAGUUAUACUUAUAUUAUAUCCGUCGUCCGCCGGGGCCUAUCUAUGUUCACGCUGUAAUUUAUACAUAAUUUAUUAAUUUUACUCGUGUGCAUGUGUGGUUAUUUUACCGUGAACAUGUGUUUACUAGCAAUAUAUGACUGAAAGGGUCUAUGUCCUCUAGGGUACUGCCGGAACGUACCCUGGGUACGGUCCGGUAUAC